GCUGACAAGGCAGAGAAGAGUCUCUCCACAUUAGCACACCUCAAGAAACACCAGCAGAGAUCCACAGGGAAGAAACCUCACUGCUGCUCUGACUGUGGGAAAAGAUUCACCACCUCAUCAGGCAUGAAAAUUCAUCAGAGAAUCCACACAGGAGAGAAACCUUAUAGCUGUGGUCAAUGUGGGAAGAGUUUUGAUACAUCUAGCCAUCUUACUGUACACCAAAGAACACACACAGGAGAGAAACCGUAUAGCUGUACUCAAUGUGGGAAGAGCUUUAGUCAUUCAAACAGCCUGAUAUCACACCAGAGAACACACACAGGAGAGAAACCUUAUAGCUGUGAUGAAUGUGGGAAUAGUUUUACAACAUUGCGUAAUCUGACUCUUCACCAGAGAAUACACACAGGAGAGAAACCUUAUAGCUGUACUCAAUGUGGGAAGAGUUUUACUCAAUCACCCAGCCUGAUAUCACACCAGAGAAACCACACAGGAGAGAAACCUUUUAACUGUGCUCAAUGUGGGAAGAGUUUUACUAGGUCAACUGGCCUGAUAUCACACCAGAGAACACACACAGGAGAGAAACCUUAUAGCUGUGAUGAAUGUGGGAAGAGUUUUGUUACAUCUAACAGUCUGACUAAACACCGGAGAACACACACAGGAGAGAAGCUGUAUAGCUGUGCUCAAUGUGGGAAGAGCUUUACUGAGUCUAGCUGUCUGACUAGACACCAGAGAACACACACAGGAGAGAAGCCUUUUAGCUGUAAUCAAUGUGGGAAGAGUUUUACUACGUCUAGCAAGCGGACUACACACCAUAUAACACAUACAGGAGAAACCUCAGCUGUGAUCAGUGUGACCAGAGAUAAUCUGAUAAAAUACCUCAAUGAAUUAAUGUCAAAUGUUUUAACAUUGUAGAAGGAGUAUUUAAUGAUCUCACAAUGUAGAAUGUUUUAAUAUUUAUU